AUGAAACCUGGCCAAAGUAUUACGGCCGACACCUACUGUGCCCAGAUUGACAAACUGCGACACAAUCUUCCAACAAUGGUCAGAAGGAGGGGUCCGGUCAUUCUGCAGGAUAACGCACGGCCCCAUGCUGCAAAGAAGACCGUGGCAAAAUUCAGGGAACUGGGAUACGAAGUCUUGGAGCACCCUCCUUAUUCUCCAGACUUGGCUCCAACGGACUUUCACCUUUUUAAACACUUGUCUUCGUUUCUUAAUGGAAGAAUCUACAAAACUCCAGACGAUGCCAAGAAUGCCUUCAAGAACUUCAUCAACUCCAGAAACCCGGAAUUCUACAAUCGUGGAAUAAAAAGCUUGUAA